GCACUCGGCGCCGGAAUCCGCCGGGCAAAGUUCGGCCCCAGCCCAGGGCCUCCAGGUCGAGGCCCUUCUCGGCGCAGCUCGGGUCUGGAGACGGAGACCGCGCGCGAACAGCCGGCCACCGCCGCGGAGGGGCCGAGAACAGGAAAUCUUGUGCUCCUGGAGAUGGCUUGAUAUGAAGGAGCCACACCUCCCAUUUUCCCAAGCUGCCCUGUGGCUGCCUUGCCCUUCUAGUGCAGGAGCUGGCUGAAAUGUCAAGAAUGGAAGCCAAUGUGACUAUCCCAAUCUGGCAAAACAAGCCACAUGGGGCUGCUCGAAGUGUAGUCAGAAGAAUUGGGACCAACCUGCCCCUGAAACCAUGUCCCCGGGCAUCCUUUGAGACCCUGCCCAACAUCUCUGACCUCUGUUUGAGAGAUGUGCCCCCAGUCCCUACUCUGGCUGACAUCGCCUGGAUUGCUGCAGAUGAAGAGGAAACAUAUGCCCGGGUCAGGAGCGAUACGCGCCCCCUGAGACACACCUGGAAGCCUAGCCCUCUGAUUGUCAUGCAGCGAAAUGCCUCAGUGCCCAAUCUACGUGGGUCUGAGGAGAGGCUCCUAGCCCUGAAGAAGCCAGCCCUGCCUGCCCUAAGCCGCACUACAGAGCUGCAAGAUGAGCUGAGCCACCUGCGCAGUCAGAUUGCCAAGAUAGUAGCAGCUGAUGCAGCUUCGGCUUCAUUAACGCCAGAUUUCUUAUCUCCAGGAAGUUCAAAUGUCUCUUCUCCUUUACCUUGUUUUGGAUCCUCAUUCCACUCUACAACUUCCUUUGUCAUUAGUGACAUCACGGAGGAGACUGAGGUAGAGGUCCCUGAGCUUCCAACAGUCCCCCUGCUUUGUUCUGCCAGCCCUGAAUGUUGCAAACCAGAACAUAAAGCUACCUGCAGCUCGUCUGAAGAAGAUGACUGCAUCUCUCUGUCCAAGGCCAGCAGCUUUGCAGACAUGAUGGGUAUCUUGAAGGAUUUCCACCGGAUAAAACAGAGCCAAGAUCUGAGUCGGAGUUUAAUGAAGGAAGAGGACCCUGCUGUGCUCAUCUCUGAGGUCCUAAGGAGGAAGUUUGCUCUGAAGGAAGAAGACUUCAGUAGAAAGGGAAACUGACAGCACUUCCAACUCUGCAGAACUCAGUCUCAUGCUCCUGAAUUCCUUCAAUAGCUGCCUUCCUCACUGCAGAUGUUUCUGCCUCUCAGAAUCUGCACGUCUUGCUGACGAGCUAGGGCUUGGGCUGAAAGAGAAGAGCUGGAUUCUGUUACCCUUACUUCAACCUUAGCAGAAGCUGAGGUCUGUGGUUUGAGCUGAGACAUUUGUUGCAGGUCAUCGUGUAGGGUGGGGUGUCGCCAUUGAAGGGGUGAAAUGGAAGUUUUGUUUUUUUCUUGUUCCUGUAUGAAAAUAGGCCCUAAGUGAAUGACUUACCACUGCAUUAGCCUCCAUAAAUGGUCUCAUCGGACAUUUCCUGCACAGCUUUCACUCAGCAGUUUCUUUGCAGCAGAGCUGAGGGGAAGGGGCUCUUAAUGUACUUGUUCACAGGGCAGGGAAGAUCUUAUGCUGCUCAAUCGUAACCCACACCAAUGCCCAGCAAUCACCGUUUCCCUCUCUAGAUAAUAGAGGUCAGGCCACUGGACCAGCUGAUACUUGGGAGUGCUACUGGGAGGCCUGGGCUAUUUUUUCUUAAACAUAUUUUAUAAUACUGUACAACCAGAUCUGCCCUCCAAGGCCUCAUCAGUAUACUAACAAUUUUUUCUUCCAUGGACUUUUAAGUCCAGCUAGGAAGGAGAAAUGGGGAGGGGAAAGAGAUGCCACCCUUCUUCCAGGCCACUGACUAACUGUUCUGGGUUGGGCCGAGGUUUGUACCUACCACAUCAUGCAUGAUUCGAGUGCCCUCGGGGCCCUUUUCUUUAUGGUAUGUAUACUGUGUUUGAGUUGAAGCACUACCUGAGAUUAAAUGAAGGAUUUGGAGAAAGUG